UUUCUAUAUUUCCCUCUCUCUCUCUCUCUCUCUCUCUCUGGACUGCGAUUAAUUCCAGCACCCAAUUUUCUCAACUUAUUCAAAACCCUAGAAUCAUCUCCAAUCCCAAUCCCAAUGUAUUUAUUGAUUAUGCUCCUCGGAAAUCGAAAAUCUUGUUGAAUAUCAGGUUUUUUAACUGAGAUGGUUUGUGGCAAUAAUAUCUUUGGCCAUGAUUGUUGCAAUUUAAUUUUCAUUCAAAAUUUUUAGCAAUGCAAUUAGUACCAGAUGAUAAUCGGACAGAAGAUAUUUCAGAAACAGAGCCCAUUUUGUCGCGGCCUAGUAGAGUUGAGAGCUCAGAGGAAUCUUCCUCGUCAAUUGAAAUAACUGUGUGUGGCGAUUGUUCUGUAUCUUCUGAUGACCUUCCCAGUCCUGAUAUUCAUCAAAAUUACUCUCUGGUGCAAACAGACCAACCACAAUGCCGGAUAUGCCUUGACUCUGAAGGAGAAGAUUUGAUUGCACCGUGCCAUUGUAAAGGCACCCAAAAGUUCGUCCACAGAUCAUGUCUUGAUAACUGGAGGUCAACAAAGGAGGGCUUUGCUUUUGCUCACUGUACAGAAUGCAGGGCAAUGUUUAUUUUGCGUGCAAACGUCCCCCCUGACCGUUGGUGGCUGAGGUUAAAAUUUCAAAUUCUCGUUGUAAGGGACCAUGCAGUCAUUUUUGUUGUUAUUCAGCUGAUUGUUGCGUUUCUAGGUGUACUCGUGUACAAAUUUUAUGGAGAGGAACUCAGGGAAAUGUUUGGUUAUGAAGAACACCCGUAUGGAUUCUACACAAUGGCAGUUUUAGCAAUUGUGUUGGUGGGAUUGCUCUAUGGAUUCUUCAUUGCAAUAAUAUGCGGACAGAGGAUCAAUGAGCGUCACUACCAUGUUCUUGCCAAACAAGAACUAACAAAGGAAUAUGUGGUAGAAGAUCGAGAAGCUAAUAAAGAUGUGCCUGACCUUGAUCCUAGCCUUGUGACUGAGCUAAGAAUGCUCGGCCUCUAUUGAAGCAAGAACUUUUGUCUGCCUAGUAGUCACUUCUGGUUUCCAUUCCACGGUGCUUUGGAUGUAUUACGGUUUUGAAUGGAGAUAUUUACUUGGAAACCGCGGUAAUUGCAUUAAUCCUCUUAUUCAAGCCGCAUAUUUGGAACUGUGUUUAUAUAUGUAAUUUUCUUUUCAUAGCCGUGGCGUCUGAAUAGAAAAGCCAUGUUCAUGAGUCACAUUGUCUCUUUCCCCUCAAAUUUUAUAUAGUUUACUUGCUGAAUCUUGUUAUUAUAUGAUAUAAGUUGUUUUCACCUUCAUUUCAUCA